AUGAGCAAUACUACACCUAUUAGUCAAACACGCCAAAAGGCUUUGGAAAAGCUUGCAGCCCAAGUGUCGGAUCGACAAACCAUUAACAUGACUCGACGCCAACGCCCUCAACGUAAGCAGCGGAAACGUCAUCCGGAACGCAUUCCGAGACCUAUCAACUGCUUUUUGGCGUAUCGUCUUGACAUGCAAAAAAUUAUUGUCGAACAAGUCCCUGGAGCCAACCAUCGUGACAUCUCCAAGGUUGUGGCAGAAUGGUGGCGACAAGAGCCUGAACAAGUGAAGGAAAAGUACAAGAUGGUCGCUGAGAUUGCUAAGCAAGAGCAUUUGCAAAUGUAUCCUAAUUACAAGUAUACUCCAAGACGUCGACGUGCAGGAGGAUUAUCAUCAUCAUCAACAUCGUCGUCAUCAUCUUCAUCGUCAUUGCCAUCGGCUGUGGAAGCAUCAAAUCAACAACCUACGGGACAACAAGAUAAUGAAAUUUCAUGCAUGUCUUCCGAAACACCAUGCAUUGUUUCGACAUCGCCUGAUUCAAUGGUCUUUGCUGCAAGUGAGCCAUCUGAAAGCACUUUGCCACUUGGCUAUGGUAAUGGAUCUUGGGAAGCGGCUGUAAUGGCAGCCUGUUGGCCUACAUCGCCUGUCAUGCAAGAUUGUGCUACCAUGACACCUGUGUUACAAGCCCCAUACUACUUGAGCAUUGACCCACAAGAGCAAUUGGCACCAACUCCAUUUCCAGAAUAUUCCGACGUUGCUGCUGAUGCUGCUCUUCAUCAAGGUUGGACCCAACCCAGGCCAUCUACAUCCACAUCCACUAUCAGUAGCUCAUCAUCAUCGAUCCUCAGCCAUCAUUAUCAGCAGCAAUAUGAGCAUGAAGAUCGUACUAUCAUGGAGGAUAGCAGCGUCAUGCCAUCAUCACUUUUAGUUACGGACCCUGAUAGCUUGAGUUAUAAUGAUAUGUUUCUAGAAGACUCGUCAAACAGUAUGUUUGGUAAUGUAGAAAAGCUCGCUUGGGAAUGA